GACAUCGCAGCUAGCAGAGGUUUCUCGUCUGGUCGUGGUUGGUGCUGCAGUCCAAGUACGGCGAGCCGAAGGAAUGCAAAAUUUUGGAGCACUUUCAAGCAAGUUUUCGAGUAACAGCUCCUGUUCGGGCUCCCACAGUGUAUGAUAGCCCGAUAUCGUUUUGGUUUAAACAUAUCCGACUUUUGGUAAAGGCCCGAAAUGUCGAUAUUUACGCCCACCAACCAGAUACGGUUGACUAACGUCGCCGUGGUUCGCAUGAAGAAGGGCGGUAAGCGCUUCGAAAUUGCCUGCUACAAGAACAAGGUCGUGGCUUGGAGGAACGGCGUGGAGAAAGACAUCGACGAAGUUCUCCAGAUGCACACAGUGUACACGAACGUCUCCAAGGGCCAAGCAGCCAAGAAAGAGGAUCUCAUCAAGUGCUUUGGUACAGACGACCAGACCAAGAUUUGUAAAGAGAUCCUGACCAAGGGCGAGCUCCAGGUCUCAGAGAAGGAACGCCACAGCCAGCUGGAAUCUAGCUUUCGGGACAUUGCCACCCUGGUGGCCGACAUGUGCAUCAACCCGGAGACCAAAAGGCCCUACCCUGUCAGCAUUGUCGAAAGGUCCAUGAAGGAGGCACACUUCUCGGUGCGGCCCAACAAGAACACCAAGCAGCAGGCUCUAGAGGCCAUCCGUCAGCUGAAGGAAGUGAUGCCUCUGGAGCGGUCACAGAUGAAGCUACGGGUGGUGUUGCCUCAUGGCAAGAACGUGCGACCACGCCUGGAAGCACUCGCCUCAUCUGUCGAGAUGGCCACCAUUCACGGAGACACGGGCACACUCGAGAUGGUGCUCCUGACAGACCCGGGCAACUUCAGGCAAGUGGACGAGCUUGUGAGCAAGGAGAGCAGAGGUCGUGGUCAGCUGGAGGUCAUCAGCCUCAAGGAGAUCCAGGAAGGAGACGAGCUGCUCGAGUGAUCACCUCACAACAUCGUCAGCCGCAGUCCGUGCAUCACAUUUACUGAGGUGUGCCCUUCAGUGACCAUAACUGCAUCGUUAAGACUGGUACCUGGUGUUGUGGCCGAGGCUAAAUGAUUAGAAGAAACUUUUAAACGUUGUUGCAUGUUGAUUGUAUUCAAAUUAGUUGCUUGGUGAUCAUGCCAGUAUAGAGACAUGCUCGGAAAUGGGGCAUUUUUCUUGAGUGUAGGUGUGGUGUGGCGGGGCAUGUCACGGUGGGGCAUAAAUGUAUUGUACGCAAAGGUGAUUUAGGUGAGGAGCAUGAAAAAAUGUAAAAAUUUUAAUGUUUUCUCACUGUGACGAAAACGAAUAAAAUUUUACAAAUCAGUGCA